AUGACAUUGGACAAGUGGAUGUCGUCGGGGGCCGGCGCCAGCCAGCGUGGCCCGGUAGGCACAGCUGGAGCGUCACGUCAACACCCGCCAAAGCGCGAUUCGUAUCGCCAGCGAGACGACCUCGCCGCCACGGCCAAGGAGACCAGAACUAUGCUCCCCGACAUCCUCAAGCACCUGCCCGAUAUCCAGGCCGCCAAGUCAGAAGCGCUCUUCCUCGACACGCUGCCCCCGCUCAAGCCGUCCGAUUGCCCCAAGAGGACACCGACUGGCAAGGCCACGAUCCGCAUCGUCAACGAUGACUCAUUCAACGUGGCCAUCGAGCUUGCGGCGUCCAAGGCCUCGUCUCAGACGUCCGGACGCGUCGCCGUCCUCAACAUGGCCAGCCACGCCAACCCGGGAGGCGGCUGGCUGAAGGGUGCGCGCGCGCAAGAGGAGGCAUUGUGCUAUCGCAGCUCGCUGGCCCUGUCGCUGCACCGGCGUUACUACCCUUUCAAGCAGCGCAUGGGGCUGUACACGCCCGACGUUGUCAUCAUCCGAUCCGACAUGCCGUCCGGCCACAAGCUGCUGCUGCCGGACGUCAAGCCCGAGGAUCUGCCCGUCGUGAGCGUGCUCAGCGUUGCGGCGCUGCGACAGCCCGAGACGAAGCGCGUCCGCGGCAACACGCCCGCUGGUGCCGUGUACGAGCGGCUCGUCUACGCGGACCCCAGGGCGAGGGUGCUGACCAAGGACAAGAUGCGGCUGUGCCUGCGCAUGGCCGCGCAACGAGGACACGGGCUGUUGGUUCUCGGGGCUCUGGGCUGCGGCGCGUUCAAGAACCCCAAGGAGGAGGUGGCCACGUGCUGGCUCGAGGUUCUGCGGGACGCCGAGUUCCAAGGUGGGUGGUGGGAGGAAGUUUGGUUCGCUGUGUACGACAAACGGAACGAGGGAAACUUUGAGGUAUUCGAGGAGACGCUCGGGGGGCAGGAGGUGUGA